CGCAUGCGUCAACCAAGAAAAACGUGUUUCAAGCAAGAGCCAAAGUUUUUUAGUUUUUCUCGAUUUUUUAAGAUACAUAUGGACUUGUUUAUUGAAUUUGACUGCACAUAACGCUAAACGGAAUCCAUAUAUGCGACGGGAUGGCAUCAAACGUUGGAGAAAGGAAUAACAAGCGUGCACAUUCCAGUGAUAGUGACACGUCAGAUUGUGAAAUCCAAUAUGGCGCCAGUAAACCCAAAAAGCUGAAAACGCCCAAAGGUAAAACCAGCCCUUUUACUCUAGAUACAUUAUACACAAUGCUAAAUCAAGUUUUAGACUCAAUGUCAAAACAAGAUGAUAAUAUUCGUGCAAUUGCAACUGAGGUUGUGACCAAUUCUGAAAUGGCCAUUCGCAAUGAAGUGAGCCGGACAGUAAACAAAGCGUCGUCAGAAUUGAACGCUCGUAUUGAUGCAAUUGAGCAACGGAGUCAGAGUCUAUCCACCCCAGUUUCUAACCUUGAUCCCGUGGAGCUAGCUGUAUUCAAUCUACCCGAGUCAGCCAACGAGAGCGUAAGCACUAGUGUCAACGAUCUAUUAACUAAAGGACUGGGUUUCAAGGCGAAUGAAAUAAAUAUUGGUCCAGCACGGAGAGUUGGAGCUGUCCGCGUAGGAGCAAUUAGGCCAAGGGAAAACCCUAAGAUUAACAACAUCACAAAUUAUCUACGUCCUGAUUCAUCUACCUCACGUAAUCAUUUGUCAACAAGUGCCAACGAGGAUACAUCACGCCCCAAUAUCCCCAACCAUCGCUCUGGAGAGGAACCAAAAUCUAACCCGUCACCUCGCGUGUCAGAAUCAAGCAAUGCAACGCUCAACCAAAAAUCAAAGAGUACCCCUAGUCAACGUGCCAAGGCCCGAAAACAGAAUAAUGCAGUUCGUCAAUAG